GCAAGAUUCUAUCGGACCAAUGAUUCGACAACCUCCUCGCUACAGGCGAUUGCGGCGGCGGCGGCUCGCGCCGCCCACAUUCCCGCCGGAGACGUUCUACUUGGCAGGGCCACGCCCUUCUCGAUCCCUGCCGCGCUUCUCCCACCUGGCAGCCUGCUUCCGUGAUGGCAUCGGUCUCGCGGGCGGAUUUGCUUGUCUGCUCCGGCCGGUGCUCCACGGAGCGUGACCUCCGGCUCCUCCAUGCCGCUUUCAUCCGUCGUCGCCACAUCCUCCCUACGGCCGAUGCCGUCACGGUGCUCGCCAAGCUCCUCCGCUUCGCCGCGGUCUCCCCGGCUGGUGACCUCCGCCACGCCUCCUCGCUCCUUUCCCUUCAUCUCCAGUUCAUCUCCGCCGCCGCUUCCCACCUCGCCUUUUUCUACAACACCCUCAUACGCGGCUUCGCAACCUCCUCCUCGCCCGGCUCUGGCAUCGAGCUCUUCACCGCAAUGCGCCGCACGGGCACCGGGCCCGAUGCCUUCACCUUCACCUUUGUCCUCAAGUCUUUCUCGCGCUGCCAUUCACCGGGACGGUUACCCUCUGACCUACACGCCCAGGCGUUCAAGCAUGGUUGCCUUGGUGCGCGCAGUUCGCACGCUCACGUCCACAAUGCUUUGCUGCAUGCGUACGCGUCUCGUGCCGCCGUGGACGACGCCCGCAGGGUGUUUGAUGAAAUUCCAGUCCGGGAUGUUGUCUCUUUCUCGGGGCUACUCACAGCGCACCUCAAAGGCAACCGUUUGGAUUCCGCACGAACAGUGUUCGACCAAAUGCCGCACCGGGACGUCGUUUCCUGGACUGCCAUGAUUUCUGCCUAUGCCAAGGCACAGCGUCCACAGGAGGCCCUGGCGUUGUUUGAUGCAAUGCCAGUGCAGCCAGACGAGGUGACCAUGGUGAGUGUUGUGUCGGCAUGCACUGCGCUUGGGGACCUUGCAACUGGGGAGCGUUUGCGGCAGUAUGUUGAUUCCAAUGGUUUUGGUUGGAUGGUUUCACUUCGCAAUGCACUUAUGGAUAUGUAUGCUAAGUGUGGUUGCCUAACUGAAGCGCGUGCUUUGUUUGACGGAAUGACCGUGAGGAGCUUGGCAUCUUGGAACACACUUAUCUCAGCAUAUGCAUCACAUGGUGAUGUGGAUAGCACAGUUACUUUGUUUCAUCAGAUGCUGGCUGUUGACAAUUCUGUGAAGCCAGAUGGGGUGACACUGCUUGCAGUGCUCACGGUGUAUGCACACAAGGGCUUUGAGGAGGGGCGCACUAUGUUCAAUGCGAUGCAAAGAGGAAAUUAUGGCAAAGUUGAACUCACCAUUGAGCACUACGGGUGUAUGGUGGACUUGCUUGGUCGGGCAGGGCAACUUGAGGAAGCAUAUAAGAUGACAGAGCAAAUGCCGAUUCAGAGCAAUGAUGUGGUCUGGGGUGUGUUACUUGGUGCAUGCCGGAUGCAUGGCAAUAUUGACAUGGCAGAGAAGGCAGUCCAGAAACUAAGGAGCCUAAACCUGCAGGAGGGUGGUUAUUACAUUUUGCUCAUAGAUAUGUACACAGCUGCUGGCCGAACAGCAGAUGCCACGGAGGUUAGACGGGCCAUGAAAGAAACUGGAGCCAAGAAGACUACAGGCUGGAGCAGCUGGGCUACUGCCUUUCUACAACAGUAGUUUUCCGAGGCCUAUCUGGUCAGCCUUUGGAUCACAAGCUAAUCUCUCCUAGAGGGAUAUAACAAUUGAUUUUCACUUCAAACCAGACAAUGCCUAAGGGUUGGUUACGUGUCAAUAUUUCUCUGCCUUCCUAGUGACGUUUUAAUGACAGAUGUACAUCAGUUCCUCAGUGAUGGGUAUGCUGGAAUCAGGUGACAGGUACAGAGGCACAGUGCACCAUAGUCAAAUUCUGUUUUUAACUCUUUAUGAAUGCAUCUUACAGAUAGUCCAAGUCUAUAGGUAUCACUUGAAUUGUUUAUGUGAUAUCCAGCACAUCAGCAAGGAAAGUACAAAGCAACCAUGUAUGGAGCCUCAGUGGCACCGAAUCUUGAAGGAUCAGACUUCAUAAAAUACAGUUCUAUGGGCCAAAAAUAUUUCAACCAAAGACUUGGGGGAAAAUAAGGAGCAAUGGGGGAUAGGAGGGUUUUGUUGUGUCUGCCGAGUUAGCAGCCUUUGGUUGUGAUGGAAUUGGUUCGUUUGCAAGCCUGCAGGAUGCUGUGCCACUGAGCAACCAAGUGCGCACUAUCAUCAGGAUUGCCUCCGGUGUGCACCGGCAACUAGUGCACAUUCUCAAGACGAAGAGCUUUAUCACUUGUGCGGAUCGGAAAUAAAGGACACUGAUCUGUUGUGACAACAUGGCUACUCGCAUCAAGCAUACCCAGUCAACAGAAGUGAUUGGUACAGGAACAUUUAGCAGUGCAGCAGUUAUUGUGGAGGGGGAUGAUUUCAUUGCAGAAAAUGCCAUUUUUAAGAAUUCAGCUCCCCAGGUAUUAAUUAUCCUAGCAGACUUGUAUAUAUGGUACCUAUGGUGAAUCAGGUCAGUCAGUGAGUUUUGAUAUAAUGAUGUUAACUUCUGUGUUAUAAGUGUCUGGGCAAGCAGCUGCAGCCUGUGUCACCGCAGAUAGGUGUGCCUUCUACAAUUGCCAUUCCUGGGGUGGCAAGUACUUUUCUUUCCUUCCUGUCUGUGUACCUGCGUCAGCUUAUUAUUUUUGGCAUCCUUUUCUUUUUUGUGUUGGUUCUUUUGCAAUCUAGCACUAUGUAUUGUGCAUGUUUAUUGGAUGUUUCCUUCUUUGGCAAAAUGUUCUUACCUGAGUUUCCUGUUACAAGAAAUAGGAUCUUUUAGAUACGUUUUCUAUUUGCCUUGUAAUGUGGUUGUCUAAUAUGUCGUAAUGACAUAAAGGUACAUACAUGUUAAUUGUAUAAACAUUAGCUUUAGCGUGAGGCUUUGGUUAACCACAUUUGUUGGUUGACUUGUCAGCCAGUCACCUCUGGUGGUAGCUUAGUAGAAUGCUGGAAUUAUACUAUUGUAGUAUGCUUAUGCUACACAAGAACCUUUGGUGCCAAUUAGUAUGGAGAUUGGAGGCAUAAACAUAUUGGUCAUUAUUUAGUUUAUUGUUUUGUUACUUUCAGAUUUUCUAAUUUCCUAUGCAAAAUCAUUCAGGAAACCUUACAUUUGCAUGGUGGAAAGCAGUUCUUCAAAAACUGUUACAUUGAAGGUAAUUGUGACUUUAUCUUCGGGGAUUCUACUGCCCUUCUGGAGCAUUGCCAUACCCACUGCAAAUCAACAGGAUAUAUCACUGCUCAUGGCCGGAAGUCCUCUUCUGAAUCAACUGGCUUUGUAUUCUUCAAGUAAUGGCGAAGCUGUGUACAUGUACCUAGGUCGGCCUUGGGAUCCCUUCGGGAGGGUUGUUUUUGUGGAGACUUUUAUGGAUCAGGAUCACUGCAUAGAGCCUGUUGGGUGGCAUAACUGGGACAGACCUGAGAACGAGCAAACUGCUUGUUUUUGUGAGUACAGGUGCUCCAGUCCAGGAUCCAGCAUGUUGGAAUGGGUAGCUUGGUGCAAAAAAGUGGUCAGUGAUGAAGCUAUACCAUUCCUUUGUAAAAACUUCCGUCGAUCCAGAUGUGCAGAAUUCAUGGUUUCCCCACAAUCGGGAACAAAACUCCCAGUUUCAAUAGCUUCGCCGUAGGACAUAGUACCUAUUAUGUCCACUUUCAGGCUUCGGCAUCUUCACCUAGAUGAGCAAAUUGGGAGGAUGUAAUGAGGGCUGAGCCGUCAGUUCUGGAAUCAUGUCUAGCGCCGGAAGAAACUGUCCUUGCUGACAAUGCCUGACUUGCUUAGUGACUGCUGUGAAAUAUGAACUACAUGAUGUUGAAGGACUGAUGGAUCACACAAAUUACAGUAUCACAUGGAAUGGAAUGGAACAAACUUCCUUUCU